AGUUUUGCUACCUUUGAAUUCGACGUUUUAUACACGCGAGCUAAGAAUUUAUUUUGCAUUUUCACUUUACAGAAAAACGAAUUAAACGUUUAUAUUACUGAGCUCUACCAUCAGGUUUGCUUCCUGUGGCCUGUUAAACGAGCGCAUCUUUAAAAAACCUGUACGAUCUUUCAGAAAAGGCGAAUAGCAUCGAUAACUUCAUUAGAACUUAGCGCUGUUGCGUGAAACUGAUCACUUGUACCGUCUUGUGUAUCCAACACUGAAGAAGCCAAGUACCUAAGCGGAAACAUGAUGCCAUCCGCUGCGCGAAUUCCCCUUAGGCUGCUUAUUUUGCCUGUACUACUCAGCCCGUGUGGCUGUGUUAUCCAGAUUUACGAAAUAGAGAAUGAUACAGUUGCCCAGGAGCCUGUUUAUACGGUUUCUAAUAAUUACCAGACUGUUGUUGGCCAACGUAACGCAGACAUCCCGAUUUAUUUGAAAGUCGCUGAUCCCUUGAAUGCCUGUGACGCCGAAAAGCUCCCUCCUGCUCCAAGCCUAUCAGAGGGAAGCCAAAUGUCGGUUGUCUUUCUGUUAGCCGAUGACGAAGCAUGUGCACGACGCAAAGAGAAGCCCUCAACAAUGCGCAAAUGGCAAUUUGCCCAAGAUAGCGUUGACGGCGAUGAAUUCGCUAAGAAAAUCCUCAACGCACAGGCUAAAGGUUACAGCGGCGUAAUCGUACAGGCCAGUCUCUUUGAAGACCGAACAAAACCCGGUGCUCACGGAAGCGUCAAUCUUACUGCUUGGCCUACGAGAAGCAGAACAGAACCGUUUCCAGUUGCGAUUCCCCAAGCACUAACAAGCCGACUAACAGUUGAUGUGCAUUUUGUGAGCUAUGAGGAAGGGAAGCGGUUAACAAAAUUCGCUUAUUAUCCAUCAUCUGAAAUAAGAUAUCGCUUAAACUUCACGCUGCCUACGGAAAGCGCUCGAGCAAGCUCUCACGAGGAUGAUGGUAUAUUGCCUGGGUUUUCUAAUUGGACCAUAUCUCAGCUGCAGCGUUUCCCAGAGCUGAAAUCGACCGACGCAUCCGAUUCUGAGACUACCACGGAGUUUGACCCGAUCGCUUUCAUUGCAGAAUUGCGCAGUGACCAGAGCCAACGUUAUGGAGGUCCCAUCGACACACUAGAUUAUUCCACGACCACAGAGACGUUCUCGUCGAGUAGUGACAGUAGGGAUCUUUCGACAAGACUUUGUUUAUCGCGAUAUUCGUUCCGUUGGUUUGUGCCGCUGCGCUUUACAGCGGUUGUCGUUGGCUGGUACGCCGACACAGAAUGCGCGCAGCUGAGGAGCGAGCCAGAGUUCGUGAAGCUCUAGAGGAGCAAGAAAUCGCCCGCAUGCUGGCGUACCGGCAACGUCUUGUCCUGAGUUUUAUCGAGAACUUCAUGGCCCGCCUCCAGGAAGCCGAACAACAAGAACAUCUUCGAGCCAACGGCGUCCCGUUAUCCUUGCAGGAGAUGGAAGAACUCAAUCAAGUAACGGUCAAUGAACCAUCGGAUGAAAUGUGUCGGACUUGCCAACAAACUUUCAACGCCGGUGAACUGAAGAUUGUUUUACCGUGCAAUCACGGUGGACAUAAAGCAUGUCUGACAACCUGGCUGACCACCUAUUCGCGAAAUUGCCCAGUAUGCCGACAAUGGGCUUGGGUGGAAGCAGUGCCUUUACCCACAGCCUUCCCGGUUCAGUUUCCCGAUUCACCUGUUAUUUCUCGUUAAGGAUAAAACCACCUAACGGGUGAUGUCUAACAUUUUUUCACCGUAACUUGCCUGCAAAUAUUUUCUGCAUAAACAGGAGCAGCCUCGGACAUAGCUUACAAGUUUCAUUACUGUAUCUUUCAGGUUUUGUUACUUACUCCUAGGCUUUGUGUAACGUCUUUGUUCUACUUCAUCCGGGAAAUAUCUUGAAUUACUGCUAUGGGGUGACAGUAACGAGCGUUCGAGUUGGCUGUAGUCUCCGCCACGUUAUCUAAAUGAAAAGCUGCA